AUGUCACUUGUCAAUAUCCUCAACAUUCAGGUUCUCGACAACCCUUCUUACUUUACAAAUCCAUUCCAGUUUGAAAUUACUUUUGAAUGCAAUGCUGAACUUAAAGAAGAUCUUGAAUGGAAGAUGGUUUAUGUUGGCAGUGCGGACGACAAGACCCACGACCAAGUUCUUGAUUGUAUAAUGGUCGGUCCCAUUCCUGUAGGAAUCAACAAGUUUAUCUUUGCUGCCGAUGCACCCAAAAUCGAGCUGCUGCCUAAGAACAACCUUUUGGAAGUAACAGUCGUUCUCCUGAGCUGUGCUUACAAUGACCAAGAAUUCGUUCGUAUUGGAUAUUAUGUGAACAAUGAAUAUAUGGACGAAGAAAUGCGUCUUGAACCUCCCGAGGAAGUCAUUGUUGAGAAGUUGCAGAGAAAUAUUUUGGCAGACAAGCCAAAGGUUACCAGGUAA